AUGUCUUCCAACGCGACUAGUUUGUCAAAUCUGCGGCGGCUGGGGUACAGAAGCGUUCAGAGACAACCGCUGGAUAGAUUCAAGAGCUCAAGUCAGGAUUUACUCAAUGAAAACAACAUCAAAUCGAGGUUGGAAGAAGAGUUGAAUUGGUUCGAAGGAUCUAGGCCGGCAAAAUCAAUUGAAAAUCUGCUCUCGCCUUCGGAAAAUGAGCGAUCUCGUCCGACGAAAUCUCGUAUUCCAGCGCAUGGAAACGUUGAUGAGAAGAAGAAAAAACUCAUGUCGCAGGGGCUUUUCAGGGAUUCAACGCAGCUGCAUCAGAAUUCGGGGAUUUCAGGGCAAUCCAGGCUGCCAAAACCUUCCAGUAUUUUAUCUCAGCUCAAGAAUCCGUCCCAGCCUCGUUCUUUUACGCCAACAACAUCCCGAAUCCAACCUCCUUCUAUCUUCACCCCGCUCAAAUCCGCCCUGACUCGUCAACCAGCAACGUACGAAUCUUCAUCAGAAUCGGAAGCGGAAAUGAAUUUCCCCCCUCCUCCCCCAGAAAUGGCAUCAAUUUCCGAUCACGAAUUUCCGUCUUACUCAUCUCGGCGAGCUUCAAAUCAUUCCAGAGUUCCGCUUAAAUCUGAAGAUACGGAGGGAUCCGAAUUCAGCUACAGAUCCGCCUCCAUCACGGAAAAUGCUAGGGUAGAGCAAAUGGAGGAAAAGAUCAAUGCGUUGAAUCGAAAGGUCGAGCAGUUGACCCAUUCCUCUGAUGAAAGAGCAAGUUCGGUUGAUGAUCGAAUUUCAAUGAGAAACAGGCUGAGCGAUUCAGAAAGAUCCAAAAAUGAACUUAGCAGAAAAUAUCUCAAAGCGCUUGAGACAAAUUCAAAGCUAGAAAAACAGGUCGAAAUACUUCAAAAAGAACUCGUCCAAAAGAAAAACCAGAUCAUUAAUAUCAAGCAAGUUUCUGCAGCUGUAUUUGCCCAGUUCAAUUCGCUGCGCUCCGAAAUCAGCUCAGCCCGGCGAGCGCAAAUUGAUAUGCGUAGGACCAUGCAAAAUGAGCUUCAACAAGUUCAGGGAUCGAUUGUGAUGAUGAUCGAAGAAUACGAGGUUUCUCAGGCUCCAAGGGUGAAUGACUACACAACUGAUACCCUCUCUCGUCUCCAGCAAGAUAGAGCAAAAGUGGAACGGAAGAAAGCUGAAUACCACAAUGAUGCAGAUACAGUGGAUGAAAUCAUAGCGACAGUCGAAGGUGUCGUGGAAAGGAUGAGAAACGAUGCUGUUGAAAAAAGGUCGAUCAUCAGUAGAAAAGAGGUCGAAUCAGUCGGGCUUCAGCUCAUGAACAUUGCCGGAAAAAUUGGCGAUCUAAAAGACCGCUUUCCAGAUCUUGACGCUGUCCUCUCCUCCCUCGGCUCCAAAGAAGCAUCAUCCCUCGAACUGGAGCAAACGUUUCUUCAAGAAGAACCCGCAAGAAUCGACGCAUGCAUGGAAAAAUGCAAAGCGCUGACUCAAACUCUGACGACUUUGAAAAAACUCGCAGGAGUUCAAGAAGCUCGGACAAAGAAUUAUGAAAGCCACAGUUUGCGAAGAAGGGGACCAAAUUAUGAUGACCCACAAGAGUUGCUGAAGGAUGUCAAUAAAAGCAUAAGGGAGUUGAGUCCGGUUAAUCACCAAAGAAGAGCGGAUAUUUUGGAAAAGAUGGAGCCGAGAUGGGCGAUGCAAAAAUAUAGAAAUCAAAAUAUAGAAAGAACUCGCAUCGAAAAGAUGCUGCAGGACCGAGCUGAAACUCUCAACAUCACCGACAACCUCGAUUUCAUCGCUCAUCAGCGAGAACAAGCACUUCGGACGCUCUACCUUCUCGAAUCUCAGGAAACCCGCGACACUUCUAGAAAAAAUCAAACAUCCAACGGCGGUGCCCAUCUUCCCCUUGGCGGCGGGACUGUCCCCCGGAAUCAGCCUCAGAAGAGGACUUUUCCAGCAGCUCAUGCAAAUCUCCAUCGAAAACAGCGAUCAUGGGAUGCUCUCGAGCCGUCAACAGUUGAUGAUUUGCAGAUAACAAAUGCUAUGUCGUACGCAACGCUGCGGCCGAACAAUUCGGGAAUACGAUUUGAUCCGAAUAUCGAAAAGAUGGCGGCUAUUUCAAGCCCUAAUUUGGUCAGGGCGACAAUGCACAUGCGCGGAGAACUGAAUAAUACAAGACCUCGUUUGCCUCAGCAAUCCUCCAUGUCGACAGACCAGCUGCUCGAAUCCGAGCUCUACAACAGCCCACCAAAACUUCGCGUCGAGACUCGCAAACAAGAGCGCCCAGCUUCUAUGUUCGUCAGAAAUCAUCACACGGACGACGAGAACGACUUCGGUCCACUGAUCAUCGACUCGGUGGUUCAGCCGUCCAAGGGCUCUUCGAAAAUUGAUCUGACAGAAUCGAAACCGAAGCGCUCGCCCGAGGCAAAGUCAAAGUUCGGUUUCGGCUUGAGAAAAGGAGUCUUCAAAUCGCGUAAAAAUAACGAGGAAAAAGAGAAGUCCAAGAGUCAGUCAGCUCUUGACGCCUCUGACCAAUCAUUUCGCCAGGAAAGCCCUCAGAUGGCGGCAAAGAACCAAGAUGAAACGCCAAAGAAAUCAUUCGCCUCCAGAAUGGCGAGUUUCUCAAAGCGAAAGAAGCAAACUUCGAAGUCAAAACAGCCCGAACCACAGGGCGAAGUUCAAAACGCAAACCCUAACCCGCCAAUGUCUCCGCGACAACAAGCGCACCAAAAACACUUGCACAACCGGCAGAACUCGCAAAAUUCAAACAGCCACCAGCCAACUCAACAAAAAUCUACCUCUCGAUUGCCCGAGUACAGUCAAAUUCGACCGCCAUCAAAUUCAUCCCAACAAUUUCUUUCCCCAAAACCUUAUCGUCCGGGCGGCCAGCCAAACUUCGGAAUUCAGCGAAAUCAUCCACCAGGUGCAGGGCGUGGAAUCCCGGCGCCGCAGUUUUCUAAAAGCCCGCAAGUUAGGUUUGAAAAGGGGCAAAAACAGCGACCACGGGCUUCGACGCAUGAAUGGUCCAAACCAAAAAGAAGAGGAGAUAUGAACUCUCAAAGCCCUGGCUCCUUCUCUGGUGGCCCUCCUCCGCCAACCUCUCCACCAAGCGAAGGCUCCUCCACCGCCAGGUUCGGCUUUGGCUACAACCGCCCGGAUUCCAGAAUGAAAACCUCCGACGUCUAA